AUGACGUCGUCAUCAGAGAACCCCGCGCCCCGGACGGCAUCGCCGUCGAACAGCUUCUAUGCCAUGAGCGACGACGAGGAGGGCGAUUACAACACUAUUACACAUACGGCGUCGGGUAGGGGAGUCAAGCUCCUCUACUCGAAGAGCAAGGCAACCCUCCAGGUCUACAUUCACCCCACCCCCUCCGCGAAAGAUAACAUCCCCGGCUACAUCGCCCUCCUCCAGCAGAAGCCUGUCCCCGAUGGCCGCCCUUCAUCCUCCUCCUCCUCCUCUUCUGCCAAAGCGAGAACGGCCGCCUCCCUCCUCCUCGCCUGGGUCCCUGAGCACUCACUCGGUGACUCUCGCGAGACCUACGUGAAGGUCGAUCUGGCAGAAGGCGAAUCUCCCCCGAAACAAUCCUACCUGGUCCCCCCUCCCCCCACCACAACCACGCACUCCGCCUCCCUCGGCCACUACGCCUUCGCCAUCCCCGUUUCCGCCGUGUACAGUCUGCUGGUCAGACCGCCGAGCCUUGGAUGGUGGUUCGGCAGCGUCAUCAUAAACAGCAGAGCCGGGGACUCGUUCCCGGCGCUGUUCUUCCACGAUAGCGAGUGCCAGAGCACGAUUCUGCAGAAGAAGAGGCAUGCGAGGGAGAACUUUGAUCCGUUUGGGGCGAACGGGGAGAUGUUCUGGGGUGGGGAUGAGGUCUUGAGGUGGCUGAGGCGGUAUGUGGAUAUUGAGCGGAGUGGCGCCGAGCCGAACAUCUACCUGGUUGAGCCGAGCUUGGAGGACAAAGAGGCAUUUGGUGGAAAGCCUGUUACAGCGGCGGCUGUGAUGCCGUCGGGCACUGGAGCGCAAGUCAAUGGGGCGGCGGGUACUGGGGUCGGAGCUUCGAGCUCAAGGAGUCCGAGGGAUGCGGCCAUGGAUCCCGUGACGAAAUUUGUAAAGGAGGCGGGAUGGAACUUGAUGGAGAAGUUCAGCAAGGUCACUACGUUUACGAGGCGCACGGCCGAUUCGGUGAUUGAGAAUCCGAAGAUGCCGCCGCAGAUGAGGAGACUGUUGAAGAAUCCGGAAGUCCAGACCCUGCAGGAGGAGUUCGACAGUGCGAGGAUCUAUCUGGCGCGGUGGGCGAUGGGGAUCGCAGAGCAGAGUGAGAAAGAUAGGAAUCAACGGAUCUGGACUGCACGGGAUGUGCUGGAGAUGGAGGAGACUGAUGUUGGGGACUUUGAGCUGCUGGAUACCGAGAUGGGAGCUUUGAGUAUGAAGGAGCAACGCAAGACUGUCACGCUCAACGAGUGGAACAGCUUCUUUGAUCAGAGAACUGGAAGAUUGUCUAUCACUGUUGAUGAAGUCAAGGAGAGGGUAUUCCAUGGUGGACUGGACCCUGAUGAUGGGGUCCGGAAAGAAGCCUGGCUCUUCCUUCUCGAAGUUUACGACUGGCACUCCUCGGCUGAAGAGCGGAAAGCAGAGCUUGCCCGACUUCGAGACGAGUACGUCAAGCUGAAAGGCGCUUGGUGGGACAGACUCAUAGAUCUUGGCGGAGAUGGGGAAGAUACACCACAUCCAGAUCCUUCAUCACCCUUUGCGGAUGUAGGGACGAACGUCCACUUGGAGCAGAUGAAAGACAUGCUCUUGACAUACAAUGAAUAUAACCGCGAUCUCGGCUACGUACAAGGCAUGUCCGACCUCCUCGCCCCGAUAUACGCAGUAAUGCAAGACGACGCCAUCGCUUUCUGGGGCUUCCAGCACUUCAUGGAUCGCAUGGAGCGGAACUUCCUGCGUGAUCAGAGCGGUAUGCGAAAGCAACUUCUCACACUCGACAACCUAGUCCAACUCAUGGACCCGAAACUCUACAUGCACCUUCAAAGUGCCGACUCCACCAACUUCUUCUUCUUCUUCCGGAUGCUGCUCGUCUGGUACAAGCGCGAGUUUCCCUGGUUAGACGUGCUGCACCUUUGGGAAGUGCUCUGGACGGAUUAUUUAAGCAGCGGUUUCCACCUCUUUAUCGCGUUGGCGAUCUUGGAGAAACAUCGCGAUGUCAUUAUGGGGCACCUCCAGCACUUUGACGAAGUGCUGAAAUAUGUCAACGAACUCUCCACGACCAUUGACCUAGAAUCUACCCUCAUCCGCGCCGAAGCUCUCUUCCGUCGCUUCCAGCGCACCGUCGAAUCCAUCGACCGAAAAUCAAACUUCCCAGCCCCGAAACUGCGCCAGCGGAUCACCAACCAGAAUGCAUCGCUAGGCGGCACGCAAUCGUCGCGUGCAUCCGCUUCUGCUAAUACGUCGAGUACCGACACGACGACGGCUGGGGGGACGAACAGUGGUAUACCGAGUUCCCCGGGCCCGAGCACGUCAAUCCCGGACGAUACCAUUGCAAAUACCAAGGGGAAGGCUAAAGGCAAGGGCAAGAGCAAGAGUGACGAUAAGAGUAGCGAGUUAGAGGAACAGCGACCGAAAGUCGUCAGUGCCGAGUUGAGAGGCCUUCUGAGUCGCAAGGUUGAAGUGCUGCCGAGGAAAGUAGUGAGGAAGGAGGGAGAGGGGCUGUCAAGCUUGACGAAGUAG